UUUUUUUUUAAUUCCGAGAAAAGAGAAGAGUUUUCUUCCAAGUGUUAUCUAUUUAUUCUUUCUUUCCCUUUUAUAAUAUAUAUUAUGGAUAUACCAGAUAAUAAUAAUAAUAUACCACGAAUUCGUAAUCUUCACCCAUCUCAACUUUCACCUGAUCAUCUUUAUGGUACUAUUCAGGGUCAUCAAGAUGAAUCUACAAUACCCAUUGAACGCACUGUAAGCACUUUUUCGGAAAGAAUAAAUGAUUUUGUGGGUUCAUAUUCUCGUACUUCGAUGAUGUUUAUGGCAGAAAAUUUGGCUGUUCCGAAUGGUUCCUUGUUGGAUGAAGAAGGAGACAAGUAUUCAGCUAUUUCAUCAGGAUAUGUUUCAAGAAUUCCUUCCAAGACGUCUGUAUCACGAUUGUCUCGAAUUGAAUCAUUAGGGGCUGGAACUAGUAAUGAACAUUCUUCUCUAUUGUUUUCACAUCUUGAUAAAGUUUUAUCUACAAGAAGUGUGGGUACAGUAGCUGAUGAUUACCGUUACGAACCUCAUCCUCCCAUUGCUAAAAAGUCUUCUUUUACACAAUCUAUUUUUAAUUCAAUUAAUAUUCUAAUUGGUAUUGGUAUAUUGGCUUUACCACUUGGUUUCAAGUGUGCUGGUUGGGCAAUAGGCUUAUCUGUCUUUGUAUUUUGUUGUGGAUUAACAAAUUAUACGGCUAAAUUAUUACAAAAAUGUUUAGAUAUAGAUCCUGAAUCAAGAACAUAUGGUGAUAUGGGUGCCUUAGCUUUUGGAUUAAAAGGCAGAAUCUGGGUUACAGCAUUAUUUAUUACAGAAUUAAUUACAAGCAGUGUUGCCUUAGUUGUCUUACUUGGUGAUGGUAUUGAUUCAUUAUUCCCUGGUUUCACUUUAAAAGAAACUCGUAUAUUAUCUUUUCUUAUUUUGACACCUAUGUUAUUUUUACCUAUCCGUCAUCUUUCCUAUACAAGUCUAUUAGGUAUCAUUAGCGCCUUUAGUAUCAUUAUUGUUAUUAUAAUUGAUGGAUUUACCAAAAAGGAUGCACCUGGUAGUUUAAUUGAACCUGCUGAUACAGAAAUUUGGCCUUCAAAUUGGAUGACUGUACCCCUUAGUUUCGGAUUAAUCAUGGCUGGGUUUGCAGGACAUGCUGUCUUCCCUACUGUUUAUCGUGACAUGGAACAACCUAAAUAUUAUAGAAAGAUGGUUGAUUGGACUUAUGUGGCUACUACUAUUGUUUAUUUUGGUGUAGCUGCUUGUGGUUAUUUAAUGUUUGGAUCAAACACAAUGCAAGAGAUUACCCAAAAUAUUGUCUCAGUUCCAGAAUAUAAUCAGGCACUUAACCGAUUUGCAGUCUGGUUAAUUGCGAUGAAUCCAAUUGCCAAAUACGGUUUAACCGUCAAUCCUGUAAACUUAAGUUGGCAAAUUUGGCUCUUUAAAGGAUCUACUUCCUUAGAAGAUUGGUGUGAGAAAGGUCGAUGGCGUGAGCCUGUUUUAACAGCUAUUGGUAAAAUUUGUGUUAGUGCAUUUAUUGUUUCACUUGCCUAUAUCAUUCCAGAAUUUGAUAAAGUAAUGUCAUUAUUGGGUGCCUUCUUUUCUUUUAUGAUUUCAGGUAUUUUCCCACUUGUCUGUCAUGUUCGUUUGUUUGGUGACACAAUGUCUGUUAAAACCAAGAUUUUAAAUUAUGUUCUCAUUUUGGUUGCUUCUUCUAUGGCAAUUAAUGGUACUUUAUGGAGUUUUAUUUAGAUUUAUACAUGUAUUAUUCCCCCCCCACUCCCCUCUAUUUUAAUAAUAAAAAGAACAUAACACAUUAUCUAUAAAAGCAUGUUUGCUGUACCUUUAAUAUAAAA